CAAAUCAAAAUCGAAGGUUUAGUUAGGGUUUUACUAAAACAUUAUUCAGUUAUUUUCUACCACCACCUCUCACGACCGUUUAGGUGGCGGUUCCCCAAUUCCGGUUCGAAUUAAGAUCGCCGGGACUUUUAAAACUCAUUGCCGCCAAUCAGACCCGCCGCAAUCCACGAUGAGAACCCUAAAACGGCACAGUUUGCGGAAGAACCAGAGUGAUAACGUGCUUUCUCGGAGUCUCGCCCCUCCAUCAAAGCUGAGGAAAACCGAGAGAGGCGGGUUUAAGAAACCGGCUAAAGCAAGCAAAGCCGCAGAAAAUCGUCGCCCGGUACAUGACGAGAAGGCUGUUAACGACUCGGAGGACUAUGAGGAGGGGCAGACGGAUGGAGAUUCCGAGCCGGAAGAAGUAGAAGUUGCAUAUAAAGAGCCUACGGUGUACGAGGAUUUGUUGAAGAAACUGGGGACCCGGAAUGAAAAUGUUGCAGAGGCUCUGAGGAGAAGGCAAAGAGAAGAACAAGGGGAAGGGGGCACAGAUGAUGAUACAGACAGCAAUAUGGAAUCUAUUAGCGAGUCUGAGGAAGAUGAUGACGAUGACGAUGACGGAAAUGAUAACACGUCUCCUAGGAUUUAUGCAGUUGGAAAUGGCGUAAAACAUGGUGAGAACAAAAUGAAGAUUCAAGAGAAAAGCGACUCGAGAGUGAAGGAUCAACCCCUUUCACAGGCAUCUAUGAUCAUAAGUACUUUCGAUAGUCAUUUGAGUUACAAACUACCAUCUACUGAGGUUGAGAAUUUAUUGGAAAGAAAAUGGAGGUACACAUGGAAGAUGCCCGCUCUUAACAUGUCCAAUUGCAAUUGGAGAGGCACAGGAUCAUGCUUUAUUAAGGAUGUGGAUAUGACAUCUUAUUAUGGUCUCAAACCAAGGUUCUACAAACAUUGGCUGGAAAGCUACACGGCUUCAGGCGGAAGUGACUUUCAUCAGUCUAAACAAAGAUCAUUUUUCUCUAUCUGCAACAGCUAUUAUGAUAUAAUGCACCACAACAAGAAGCCCUUUUACCUCAAAGGAUCGGAAGAAGAUUCAAGUAUCAUGGAUGCGUAUCUCAUGCAUUCUUUGAAUCAUAUCUUUAGAGGUAAAGACCUUAUGGUAAAAAAUGAAAGGAAAUUGUCUAAGAAUCAAGAGACUGUGGAUGGCCAAAAUCUAGAAGAUGAUGCUUGCCUCGAUCGGGGAUUUACUCGCCCUAAGGUUUUGAUCCUUUUACCACUGGCUGGAAUUGCGCGUAGGGUUGUCAAGAGGUUGAUCCAGUUGACUCCAACCAAGCAUAAGACUAAUGUGGAAGAUCUUGAACGCUUUUAUGAGGAGUUUGGUUCUGGAAGAACUGAGAGCAUGGGUGAUGAUAAUGACUCAGAAAUCCCUAAAUCCAAAAAGUCUGCAAAACCUCCCGACUUCCAAGCAUUGCUUGGAAAUGAUAAUGCCAAUGAUCACUUUAUGGUUGGUGUAAAGUUUACCAACAGAGGCAUAAAGUUGUAUGGUGAUUUCUAUACGUCUGACGUGAUUGUUGCUUCUCCUUUGGGUUUGAUCAGUAAAAUUGGGGAUGCGGAAGUUGAUAAAGAAAAGGAUGUUGAUUAUCUUUCAUCGAUAGAAAUCUUAAUCAUUGACCAUGCAGAUGUCAUGCUAAUGCAGAAUUGGUCACAUGUGAACACCGUUGUGGAACAAUUGAAUAGACUACCAUCUAAGCAACACGGAACUGACAUUAUGCGCAUAAGGCCAUGGUAUUCGGAUGGACAAGCCCGUUUCUAUCGGCAAACAAUAAUUUUAGGUUCUCAUAUAAAUCCAGAAUUUAAUUCCAUGUUUAAUCAGCAUUGCCUUAAUUACCGAGGAAAGGUUAAAUUGGAGUGCAAGUAUAAAGGUGUUCUCCCAAAAAUAUUAAUUCCAGCAAGACAGAUUUAUGAGCGUUUUGACGUAGAAUCAAUUACAGGAGCUGAUGAUGCUCGUCUUAAAUAUUUCUGUGAAAAGGUGUUUCCCAAGAUAAAAGAUUCUAUUCAGAAUGGAGUAAUGAUAUUUGUUAGUUCUUACUUUGAGUUCGUCCGUCUACGGAACUAUUUAAAGUCACAAGAUGCUUCCUACUGCUUGUUUGGAGAGUAUAUAAAACCGAAUGAAAUAUCUCACGUGCGAGGUCAGUUCUUCAGAGGAGAAAAGAAAAUUAUUCUCUACACCGAGAGAUCCCAUUUUUACUUCAGAUACAAGAUUCGUGGUGUACAGAACUUAAUAAUCUAUUCCCUGCCAGAGAGAAAAGAGUUUUACCCAGAGAUUGUGAAUUUCCUGGAAGAGUCCGACAACAUGAACUGCACAGUCUUAUUUUCUCGUUUGGAUCAUCUUCGGCUUGAGAGAAUAGUUGGUUCUACUGCUGCAAAAAGAAUGGUGGACUCGGAGAAAGGUGUAUUUGUUUUCGCUUAGAAUCCUUUUCCCAAGCUGCACGAGUUGAUGAGCUCCUAAGCUUGGAGAUGUCGUGUAUCGGUGUUGUUAAUUUAUACAGGAACAUUGUUUUCCUUUUCUUUUUUAUACUUCACAAAUAUUUCACUGUAUUACUUGAAAUUUUCAGCUUGCAGAUUGGCACAAUUUUGA